AAAUAUUUUGAAUAAAAUGUGUUAUGAUGAAAUCAGUUCGUUGAAGAUAGGGCAGCACGGCUCACACGAAUGUUGGUGAAUCCAAUGAUUCUCUUGAUUUCACGUGAGAUAAAUCUAGCGACGAUGAAUUCAUAACCAGCAGAUGUUGGGAAGAUCAAAGCACGGCAGAUAACUGUUUCGCCAGCAUCGAUAUGUGGGAUUUCGAAGCAGUAUGGUUUGCCCAAGUUGUCAGCCUCAAUCCAGAAUUUUCCAUCAGUUAAUGGAGUUGACAAUGGGUUGACGAAUUUGGCUGUGAUCAAAACUUCAGAGUCUUCUUCAAUUGUAGCUGAGAAUUUGGAUUUUGCUUCAAGAGACAUCUCAACUUUCAAUUCGGGUUUGGUUUCAGUUUCAAUAUUUUCACUGCAUUUUUCAGCAACAGGAACUUUCUUGCUGGAAUCUUGAUGGAUCUCAGUUGUUUUGGUGGUCAAAGAUUGAGUUACUUCUGAAAUUAAAAGAUAGGAUUAAUAUCAUUGGAUACUCUCUUUUAUAUUUUAUUGAUAAUUAUUCAACAUUAUUUAGUUCGAACAAUUAAGUAGAAACAAAAAAGUAGCUCUACUCAAUGGAUAUGAAUAAUAAUAUGAGUUUACAACAGCAAUUAGAAGAAACUAUUGACAUUCGAGAUGAAUGUUUACAAAUGAUUGAUGGUUUAAACAAUAGAAUAAAUUAUUUACUAGAAGAAAGAAGUGUGUUGAGUGGAAAUAUUAACAAUUUAACUCGAGAAAAUCAAAGAUUAAUAGCAGAACUUGAGUCAAAUGUCACAUUGUUAAGAGAUGUAGAAAGAUUGAGAAAUGAGAAUAAAAUUUUGAAAAGAAAUUUACAAAUAAUAACUCAGAAACAUGAAGAUUUAGAGAGAGUUCAUGUAAAUGACCUCGAUGAGACACUUAGAAUAAUAAAUGAUAUGCAAAAAGAACACGAAGAAUUGUCGAAACAAUUAAAAAAUAAAACAGAAGAAUUAGAGGAGAAAAAACUUUUAGAACAAGAGAAUUCAAGAUUACUGCAGCAUGAAAUUUCCCAUUUAAAAAAUAUUAUUGAGCAGCUAAUGAACCAAAGUUGAAUAAAUUAAUAAGACAUAGAUAUUAAAAAAUUGUCAAUGAAAAGUAAUGAAAAAUUAUAAUGACUAGAUAUAAAAGAAUAUUAAAUUAAUGACAUUAUUAAUUACGUUAUCAGAAGCAAUGAUUCAUUUUAUUCAUUACUUAUCAUACUAUUUAAUCAUAUCGGUAUUUUUUAUUAAAUAAAAAUUAAUGAGUUAUAGAAAAAUGAAACUUUAUGUCUGACACAAAUAUUAGCAUACCUUUUUUGGUAAUUUCGGAUACUUCUUUAACUCCACACCAUUCAGCAGCAUCAAUUUCUUUGAUCGCAGCAUCA